AUGAUUCACGCGUUAAUCUACAGCAAGGCAUACGGGAAAGACUCGAGCAGUACCGGUGAACUUCAAUGGAUUUCGAUGCUUAGUCUUCAGAUAUCUUAUGCUCUCAGAAGAUGCUUCGUCUUCGGCAGUGGCUCUUCCCCAUGUAGUCUCGAAAUAAUACACUUGUGCUACCGACCACCUCUGAACGUGCAAUUGGGAAUUGAAUCUCACCAUGUCGAGAGGGCCGUGGCAAAUGCGAAGCCAUCCUUCGAUCAUUCAAGAAACUCUCGGAAUGGCAAUGCCGUAAUAAUGUUAUAUCAAUCAGAACAAAGUCCCUCCAGAAACGUUGAUGACCGCGGACAAACGGACGAUCGCGAUAGCGAUCAGCGGGUGGCCAGGCCAUUCCAACAGAUUGUCGAACCCUUCCGUGUCCCUCCAACUGCCGAUAACCUCCGAAGAUCACCUUGCAACCCCCAAAAGAUGCAGAGAUCAACCCGAGAGAACACAAGGACCCUAGCUUGGAAGACACCAGAAGGAAUCAAAUGCCAACCCGCUCUCGCUUCUCGCUUGCGCCACACGCUGGUGGAUUUCGACCAUGCCGCAAACUGUCAGGACUGCAUACAGGAAAUAACAGGUGCUGCACGUCGUCUGAAGAGCCUGAUAUUGCACGUAGCCACCCACCGCACCCGAGUUAACGCCGUGCCGCCGAACCGUGGCCCGGCAUCGCCACAUCCCUCCCGUAGUGCGGCCGUCAACUCGGUUCAAAGCAUAGCGAAUGUUCUGCAAAGAGCCACACCAGCCCCCGAACCUGAAGAUGAGGGACGGCCGUUGUGGUUUUUGGAGGCUGGUGAACAGGGAGCGAACGGCAGUUUGCAUCUGCUCAAGGCCACCAAUGACGAUGACCUUGGACCAAAGGCAAAUGGCGCGGGAAUUUUGGACCAGUGGCGACUCCCAAGCAGUUCCAUACGCCCGACCUUGGCCAGCGACGUUCGAGAGACUCAAAAUUCAUUUCCCUUCUCUGCACGACACAGGCCCAUUCUCUGUCUAGCGAAGCUGACUAGCAGCAGCAAAGAAGAAUUAUCCGCGACAUGGAACGAUGGAUUGGCGCACAACGCAACGGAGCCACGAACGGGUUUGGCCCAAGUAAAAGCGAAGUGGCAGCAGAGACCCAAUCAACGUAGCCGUGGCAAAAAAGCGAAGACUGCGGGGAUCCGUAUUAAACUGCAAAUAUUCACAGAGUUUCCGCUCUUGCUGAUUGUAGACGAUCCUACAGAAAGCUGUGACGAAGGUAGCAUCAAGCUCAAUCGAGGUUUCCAGCGUCACUUCAUUAUACGCGCAGUGACGCAAGCACAGCCGGAUAGGCGACAGGCUGCCAUGUGGUUGGUGACGCCUACGAUGAGACCAAAUUGCUGGCCAAGUCGAUUCCUCCAUCGGAUAAGCAACGGUCAUCGGAUGCCAGACUUAUUCCCGAGAGCAUCGACAACUUUCCUCCUAUUUGUUGAGGCCAGCCCUGAGCUCCCAGUAAUGCCAGCCGUCUACGCGGCAUACAGAUACCUCGGCGACUGCAUCUCACCUCCUGUGGAUUUCGGAAAGGACGGCAAGCCAACUCAACAGAGCUCCAUCAACGUCCGCCAGCAGAGGCAGUCUGGCACGGCGUUGGUGCGACACCUCGUCUUGAUCAUUCGCGGCGAAGCAGGCUAA